AUGUAUCUUUCUUCCUUUUCUUUUUUAUCAUUUCAUUUGCCUUUUUUUUUCUUCUCUUUAUCAUACACACUUAUUUUGUCUUCUUUCCUCUUUCGCUUUCUUUUCCCCUUUUCGUUUCAGACUACUUUUAUAUUCCUCCUUCUCCUCUACUCCUACCCUUUGAUCGCCUUCCUCUUCUUCUUCUCUUUGGUCUUCAUCUUUCUUUCUUUCUUUCUUUCUUUCUUUCUUUCUUUCUGUUAUAUACCUCCUUUUCUUUCUUUCUUUUUUUUUCUUCUUCUUUCUCUCCUUAUUCUUUUACCUUCUGUUAUCACUUCUGCUAUCUAUCUCUCGCUCUAUUUAUUCCUUCCUCUCCUUGGUCUGAGGAAUCUAUAUUCAUCUAUCUAUCUAUCUAUCUAUAAAUAUUUCUUCACAUUCAUGAAUAUUUGUUUUCCCCACUAUCUAUCUAUCUAUCUAUCUAUAUAUAUCUAUCUAUCUAUCUAUAUAGAGAGAGAGAGAGAGAGAUUUAGAGAUCUCAUCUGUUCAUAUCUAUCUAUCUAUCUAUCUAUCUAUCUCAUUUUAUUUGCGUAUGGCUAUCUAGGCAUCUAUCUAUCAAAGUCUGUCUUAAUGAAUAAAGAGGGAAAGAAGUCUGAGAAUCUAUCUAUCUAUCUAAGGAAAUUCAAAGAAUCUAAUGAGUUAUCAAUCCUAAAAUUCAAUUCAUGA